GAUACGGAGAAUGUGUUUCCAUCGUGAUCUAACUCAUGUCGCAAGAGAAGUCUGGGAAUAAAAGGAAUCGUAGAAAGUGUAGGAAGCAGAAGAACUCGUCGGUCUCGCCCUCAAUCAGUAACUCGCGAAAGCAGAUUAGCGAUUAGCAGACGACCAGUACGUUCUGCUAAUACAUAAUAAUGGGGAAUUUCCAACCAUCACUUAUCCGUCAGCCUCCGCCCUCUCAACCCUCUCGCUCAUUGAUUGCUGCCUCUGCCAGUGAGGAAGAUGAAGAACCUCUAGAGAUUACAGGAGGAACUUAUUAUUUGACGAGGUAUAGAAGGAGAUUGUCAAGAAGUUUAAUGUCUCUUCACGAUGAUAUUCUGUUUGAAAUUCUUAUAUGUGUCCCGGCUCAAGAUAUUUAUGAUGCAGCGAUGUAUGUUUGUAGGAAGUGGUACCGCAUAAUUCAUACCUGUAGGUUCAUAAAUGCACACCUUCGGCAUUCAACUCAUGGUCUUAUGUUUCGUUGUCCCCAUACACCUGCACUUUUUAUGGUGGCUAGGCAAGGUCAGUUGGAGACAUCUUAUUUAACUAAAUUCAAACACCGUGGCCCAUCUAGCUGUAACGGUUUGCUCUUGGAGGUCGAAUGCAACAAGCGUUCAUGGACUCCCUAUAUAGUGAACCCUGUAACAAAGCAAAUUUUUGUGCUUCCUAAAAUUGAAAGAGGAAUCACUUCAGACUAUUUUGCCAUAUCUUAUGCUGCAACUUCCAUGGUGUAUAAAGUGGUCGCAAUUAUUCAUGGUCCUCGGCUAAAAAUAUUAACGGUCGGGGUCGAUAAUUCCUGGAGGACAGUUUGUAUCAAACACUGUCCUCCUGAUGCAUUUUGCACGAGCUUCAUCCGUACAACCGAAGGUUUUAUGCAUUGGGUGACCGCUGUAUCUACUAUAGUUGUGACUUUAAAUGUAGAGACUGAAAUGGUUGAGGUGAGCAAUGAGCCGAUCCUUCGACAUGGUGUACUUCAUGGGAAUCUCUUGGUGUCGACGGGAAGCAAGUUGUCUGUCUUGAUAAAGUUUGAGAGAUUCGGGUGGGAUGUUUGGGAGAUGGAACCAGAAAGCAAACAGUGGACAAAGCUGAAUAUUGUUAUUUGCUUGAAAGAUCAAGAGAGGAGACUCCAACGGCUGGGUAUGAAAAAGGGGCAAGAGGUCAAUCCAAUGGGCUGGAUAAAAUACAAAGAGCUAUUGGUCUUUAUUCCGAGUGGCUUAAAAUAUGUAUAUAUGCAGUCCACUAUUUUUGUGUACAACCUUGUUACACACGAAGUUGUCAAAAAGGAUCUGCCUGGGCCGCCUGGCUUUGUUUUAGUGCAAUCGCUUAUACCCCACCGGAAUAGCUUGGUAUGGUUGCCUGGAUCCUCCUGAUACUCUUCUACUAUGUAGAGAGAAUGAUGUUCCACCCCCACAAACUUUUUUUGAUUAGGUUGACCAUCAGGUAUGCAUUGGAGGGGCAAAGAUAUUUACUUUUGAUUUCUAAGAUACAGUUUAUAUUCAACUAUUGUGACAUGUUUUAUCAAAAAAAAAUCAUGAUUUUCAGUUCUGGGACAGUAAAAAUAGAUUAGGCCUUAGACAAUGUGUGAAUGUUAUUUUUUUUUAUAUGGAAACUUUAAUUAAAAUUAAGCAGUCUUGUCAUCUAAAUACGAAUAUAACACACGAAAGAAAUUAAUAGAUGUGACAAUUAUAGAAGGAUUAUAUGUAAGUAUUUGAUAACUGACAUUCAAUUCUAUGUACCUUAACUGACAGAAUGGAAAACUAGUACAAUUGUUGCUUGUAAUAAAGAAUUUUGAAGUAGAGAAAGGCACGAAAGUUAUAUCAUAUAUGAAGUA